AUGGCCACAAGCCGCUCAUUGUAUGAUAUUCUGGGGAUUACCCAAACCGCCUCUGCCGAUGCUGUACGCAAGGCAUACAAGCUGCAGGCAUUGCAGACACAUCCAGAUAAGUUACCAGUAGGCACGCUCGAAGCCGAGGUCGAAGCUGCGAAGGCACGCUUCAGAGAAGUUCGAACAGCAUUCGAAGUACUCAGUGAUCCGGCAAAGCGCCGCGCCUACGACAAUGGACUCGAAUAUUUCGCAGACACCGAGAUGCGGACCAAGCUUGCGCAGGCGAAGCUCGCGCGAGAGCGCGCUGAGUGGGCUCGCCAGGCAGAACUGCGCCAUCAAGAGCGCAUGCGCGUCUUGCGUGAGGAGGUUCUCGCGAGCCAGAAGCGUUACCAGGAAACGAUGGCCAAGGCAGAAUUGCGGUACCAAGAACGCGUGUGCGCGCUGGAGGAGGAACUCACCGCGAAGCGGGAGGCCGAGCGGAGGGAGGAGGCGAGCAUGCGCGGCGAGUCGGUUGACAUGGCCGAGGAUAUGCUGCAGGAGUUGAGGAACCUGAACCCUGAGUGGGAAGCACGGAGAAAGGAAGUGCUCCGCGUAAGUUGUCACCUUGGGCUCGCGCGAUUUUUGUCACUGAGAGUUGUUGAAGCGGCAAGCGGAGAGAAUGAAGAAGACCGAGAGGCCGCCCAUGCGUCCAUCGCAAAGCGAGCCUGUGUACCUCUAACCCAUCUAUCCUGGGGCCUAGAUCUUAUGCUGGUAUUUAUCAGACUUACUGACGCUGAUGUUGUCAACAAUACCCGCCACAAGCGAUAUCUGUACAUCUCUGUUUUACAAUGGACUAUAGAUCUGCACCAGAACUGGUCCAAGUCAGUGAUACCCCUGCCGUCUAGUCACGGGACUUACACUACGUAG